CGAAAAUAUUAUUUAUGAGAUAUUAUGAUGUGAAAAUUUGAAUGUACAUUAUAGAAGCAAAAAUUAGAGAUAAAACACAAAUAGGGCUAAACCACUUAUUUACGGGUCGGGUUUGUGAAUUUUGGUACCUUUUCCCUAAAACCCUAAUAAUCAACCAACAACCAAUAGCUUCUCAUCGGCUGUACAACAACUGUGUCCAAGAAGGAAUGGAUGGUGUGGCAUCUUCAUGGGACUUCCAAUGCAACUUGGAAGUAGAUCUUGGGUCUGAAGAAAAUGCUCAUAUUGUCUAUACUGCAUUGGCUGUUGAUAAGGAGUUGCAGCCUGAUAAAGUGAAGAGGCACAUGUCUGUAUCUAACGGGAAGCUUUCAGUGAAUUUUGAAGCUGUUGAGGCAAGAUUUCUUCGUGCAUCAUUUAGUGCAUUUGUAGAUGUACUCACACUCGCAACAAAAACUAUCGAAGAAUUUGGUCCUAAGAAGGAAUAGAGACCUUUACUGAAUAUUGUUGGACAUUGUUCAUUAUUGAUGUGCCAUAUACAGAAAGCCAUUCCUGUUGUAAUCGACUGUUAUUCAUUGUCAGCUGCUAAUUUAACUUCAGAUCA